UCCCACCAUUCCUCUGGCACCUCCUCCCCCCCCUCCUGCCAUCGCCGCCGUCGCCCUCUCGACCGACCCCGACUCGUCUUGCGAUAUACCGGCCGAGCCAUUUCGUGUCUUGUCUCUCCCCUCCCUCUCUUCCCUUCCUCUGCCGCCAGCCAUGGUUUGAGCGCGCUAUUUCUCAACGGAGCGCGCAUUUGCCAUCAGUGAGUGAGUACACCUGGACCCGUGUGCUUUCUCGCUUUUCGUAUUGGCUUGGCACCUGCGCGCGUAUUCCCCGCAUAUGUUGCUCCCGUCUCCAUCCAUUUCUCCCCAUGGGCUCUUGUCGACCUAUCUCGAUGCCCUCGGCCCAUGUCGUCUCACCUGGCCUGGCCGACGUGGUGCGAUAUCCCCUCGUCGAAGACCUUUACGAUAAACCGCGCAGGGGAAUUUCCAUCGGAGCUUGCUUGCUUGCUUUUCCGACCAUGGCUCCAGCCUAGCGACUCUCACCCAGCCACCAUGUAUCCCGACCUUGACUGCACGUCUUGAUGAGACGUACUCUACCCUUCUUCCGUCACCGCCACACUGUCACCUACGGCCGUCCUCGUCCUCGUUAUGCCUGAUGCUAACACGCUGCGUUGCAGGUCUUAGGUCGAUAUUUCGUGCGCCGCCGGUCCUCAGCGAUUGUCAUCGACCAACCAACUCUUACUCGGCCAAGAAUCGACUUGAGCAUCACUCCCCCCCUCCCCCGCCUUCAUCGGCAUCCGAGGCCGACCUUUUGGUCAUGACCGACCCUCCGCCUGCCAAGGCCGUCUCGGAGAACCGCCGCGAGCGCGAGACCUUUAGAUACGACUCGACCCUCAUUUCCCAGGUCGUAUACAACGAUGCGAACAACCUUAUCCCGUCAUCCGAGCUGCGGUCUUCCUCCGACCCUGCCUUGACCGCCUUCGCAGAACUUGGUGCUCUGCGCCUCAAUGCAACCCGCGCCUUCAUCUCGCUCUUCGAUAGCAAAUAUCAGUACAUUGUUGCCGAGGCGACCCCGUCUCUUUCGUUGACUCCCAGGGCUAGGCACAAUGAUCUUGCCACCGGGGAGCACCUCUCGCUCUCCGGCACUGCUCUGCCCCGUUCAUCUGGCGUGUGCGAGAUAGUUCUCGCUGUUCCCGACCCUUCCGAUAAUGAUUCCCCUUGGCACAGCGCUGAACUUCCCGUAACUGUCAUCCCCGACCUCUCGCAAGACCCCAGGACGGCAGAGAGGCCUCUCUGCCUUCAAUCGCCCGCGAACCGCUUCUAUGCUGGCGUGCCCAUUCGUUCUCAAAAGGGCAUCAAUAUCGGUGUGUUUUGUGUUUUUGGGGAUUCUCCCCGCGAGGGGCUGGACACUGUCUCAACCCAGCUGAUGCAGGACUUAUCACGUAUCAUCAUCGACUAUCUAGAUGCCAAGCGCAACAGGGAAGACCAUCGCCGUGCCGAUAGAAUGGUUCGCGGAGUCGGCAGCUUCAUCGAGGGCAAGAGCACCAUGUCUGGUUGGAGGCUGAGGAACAACCAAGCUUCCUUCAACGACAAUCCCUCUUUCGAAGGCGGCCUUAACAAGAACCAACAACGCCUGCAACAAGAAGACGAGCUGAUUGCCGCCGAAACCUCUCAACAGGACGAACCAUCUUUGCACGAUUGGCAACAACCAAGUCCUCGAUCGAGGGAGCACUUGAAGACCACGGAGCCCCCUCAGCGUACAGGCAGCCAAGACCUCGUGCCCUCUGUUUCCGGAACCUCCCUGAAGACCGCGCGAUCGGGUUCGGGUGGUUCGGCACAAGGGGACCGGGCUCCCAACGACACCCAACUCCGCCACAUCUUUUCAAAGGCGUCCAACAUCGUCCGCGAGGCCAUCGAGGUCGAGAGUGUCCUGUUUCUGGACGCCAGUAUCGGCUCCUUUGGGGGGUUGGCCGACUCUAAACCUUUCCAUGUCAAAUCCAAGGGCGCAAAAUCGCCCUCCUCGUCGAGCGACGAAAGGAGCAGCAACUGCAGUACCACCAGCCUGGACGACGCCACCUGCCGAGUCCUGGGCUUUUCGAGUUCGACAAUAUCGAGCAUCGACGGCCAAUUCCCUUCCCAAAGCAACGCCUCCAUAUCGGAAAGGUUCCUCUCCAAGCUCCUACGACGCUAUCCUGAAGGCAAGAUUUUCAAUUUUGACGAAAACGGCUCCGUCCAGUCCAGCGACUUCUCUGGCGACGACCACACCUUGGUCGUUGAGACACCCGCCGACGAGUUAAGCAAACCUCCAUUGACGCCUCCCGACGAAGACCCCCUACGCCGAAGGAGACAAAAAAACCCGUUCUCAAGGCGCAACGAAGGGAAGCUUCUCAAUGACAUCUUUUCGGGCGCGCGGAGUAUUGCCAUAGUGCCCCUUUGGGACUCCCAAAAGCAACGCUGGCAUGCCGGUGGCUUCGUUUGCACAAAGACCCCGACGCGGGUUUUGACCGUCGAGGGCGAGCUCAGCUAUCUCCGAGCUUUUGGCGCGGUCAUCAUGUCGGAAAUCCAUCGCCACAACUCGGUCAUGGUGGACAAGGCCAAGACUGAUCUUUUGAGCUCGCUCUCGCACGAGCUGCGAUCUCCCCUGCACGGCAUCAUUCUUGGCGCAGAGCUGCUCCACGAUACCCCCCUCGAUGCGUUCCAGGGCGAAACGCUGGUCUCGAUCGAGAAUUGCGGCCGCACACUGUUGGAGACCAUUGACCACCUCCUCGACUGGAGCAAGAUCAACAACUUUAUCAGCCCCUCACAGCGUCGCAACAGCACUGCUGGCGUGGGUCAUCGGGGUCUCAGAAACAACAACCAGAAGAUCAGCAUCGAGGCCGGCAUGAUGAGCAUUACCUCCAACGUGGAAAUUGACGUACUGUCUGAAGAGGUUGUCGAGAGCAUCUGCGCCGGCUUCAGCUAUCAACGGGUAUCGGUUGCCCAGCUGGCGAGCAACCGCCCGGGUGAGCACGCCGAUUCGAGUGCGAUACGUAGGCUCGACAGCAUGCAGGCGAUGGAAGACAUGGCCUCGGGCACAAGCCGGUUCGGAGACGUGCAGCUUGUGCUCGGCGACGUUUCUGUGACGUUCGACAUCAACCCCGCGACUUCGUGGGGCUUCCAUACCCAGCCUGGUGCGAUCCGCCGCAUCAUCAUGAACCUGCUGGGCAAUUCGCUCAAGUACACGAGCCAAGGAUUCGUUAAUGUCCAUGUGACUCAGCUGACCAAACGGGAAGAGAAUCCCUCUGGGAACGCCAAGAUCCAGAUCGACGUGAUAGACUCUGGGCGAGGCAUCAGCGAGGACUAUCUUCGACAUCACCUCUUUUCCCCAUUUGCCCAAGAAGACAAUCUUUCUGCUGGCGCCGGCCUAGGCCUCAGCUUGGUCAACCAGAUCGUCGGCAAGCUGCGCGGCUCAAUCCAAGUCUGGAGCAAGGUCGGCCACGGGACCAAGGUAACAGUGCAGCUUCCGCUGCAGGCCGCCGUCCCAGACUCGCCGCCAAGCGGCCUUCCGGAUACUCUUGGUUUCAACGACUUCCAGGCGUCUGUGAGCGAGCUCGCAGGUCUCCGAGUCAAGCUCUUGGGUUUCCUGGAAGACUACGGCGUCAGAAGAAUUGACGACUUGACGAGCAACACCCCGAGCGAGGCCGAGUCAGUGGCCAGCAUUUGCAGGGAGUGGCUUCGAAUGCACGUCAUCGACCAAUCCGUCGAGGGCCAGCUCCUCCCCGACCUCGUACUGUCUACCGAACAGCACCUGGAUCGACUCCUAUCUGAGCGCCUCCAGGGCAUCAUAUCCAUGCCCGUAGUGGUGAUCUGUCGGAAUGCCUUGAUCGCGCGUCAAUUAGCAACAUCUCCGCGAUUCAACGGCAGGCGUGUCAUUUUCGAGUUCAUUUCGCAGCCUAUCGGCCCGAGAAAGCUGGCCAAGGUCUUGAUGCUGAGCUUCAGGCGAUGGACGCGAACACAAGCCGGCGCGAUUCCCACGCCCACGCAGCUGUCCCUGACGAGCGCGGGUCGGUCGAAUACCAACGGCAACACGCCAACCGGCCGGGGCAGCGUUGGCGGUAGUACAGAGGCCCUGCCCGAAGUCCCCGACGAAGACGAGCCGAAGCGUGACAGUAAAGAAGACGGCCGUGAGACAGACGUGUCCAGGGCCAACGGAGACCUUGGGGUUGGGGAUUUCGAAGAAAGCAACGAGUCGAGCGCUACGGAGGAUAUUGUUCUACCGGACCGACCCAAGCAAGACGAACCAAGUCCGGCUGGUGGCGCCAAACGCAGCGGGCGAUCAAAGAAGGACAGCAAAAACCGCCCGAGGUUCCUGUUGGUCGACGACAACCCACUCAAUCUAAAGAUUUUGGCAUCCUAUAUGAAAAAGCUUGGGCACGACUUCCAUAACGCCAUGGACGGGGGACAGGCUCUGGAGAUAUUCCAAGAACGGCCCGGGCAAUUCCAGUGUGUCCUUAUGGACAUAUCGAUGCCUGUCAUGGACGGCUUCGAGGCGACACGCCGCAUCCGCGCCAUCGAGACGAAGAACAGCCUUCCGCGCUGCCAAAUUUUUGCGCUCACGGGUUUGGCUUCAGCAAGUGCCCAGCAAGAGGCAUUUGCGAGUGGCAUCGACUUAUUCCUCACCAAGCCCGUACGGUUGAAGGAACUGACCAGAAUUUUGGAGACGAAUGGAGUGGCAUGAUGUCUCGAGAGAGCCGUCGGUUAUGUUAUGCCUCGAGCACAGCAAUCAGUAAACAAGGAAAGGUCUUAAGGAGCCGGAAAGGGUUUAUGGGCGAGAUGAUGGGUGUAAAAUGCGGUGUGGAAAGUGAACUUUUUUCUGUUUUGGCACACAUGAGAUAUACCCGGUUUGCUGGAUUGUAAGUAACAUGAAAUACCUUUCAGGGUGUGACUACUAGACUUGUUAUUUUGCCGGGGGCGAUGUUACACGGUCUGGGUGGAUGCCUCACCAUAAGCGUUUGUCCUUUCUAUUCUGCAUGACCUUUUCGACUGUAUCACCUCUGCAUUACGUAGACGAAUCUUAUGGAGGAAGUGAAAUUGUGGUAACCUAAACGACAUCGACGUUGCCCGAGGAUGGACGAGUGGUGGUGCUACGGCGACGACACCAUGCAAGGAUACAAAAGCACUCUGUGGAGCAAAUAGCGGUCGUGAAGGGACUCACUCAAUAAGGGGCGAGCCAAGGACUACUAGACAAGCAACUC